AAACUGAAAAAAAAAAAAACACUGGUGGAGCAGCUGAGAUUUUUGUGACACCCUAUUCUGAAGAUGGCGUUUAUUAAAGAGGAGAGUAAAGACAUGACGUUUGAAGAAACAUUCAGAGUCAAACAUGAAGAUACUGAGGAACAAACAGAACACUUUAUUCACACACUGGGGAAGAACACAGAGUUCGUCUAGGACAGACCUGAUGGCACUAACAGAGGAGAGUGAAGUUCUGAUUGAAAUGAUAGAGAAAGAUCAUGAUUUCAUAAAUACAGAAAAAUCUUUUAGUUGUUCACAGACCGAAAAGACUUGCUCAAGAAAAAGGGCUCAAAAGACAGGAAGUUGUUUCACCUGCCAACAGUCUGAAAAGUGUUUCAGUCAAACAUCAAGUACUAAAAGACACAUGAUUAUUCACACUGGAGAGAAGCCAUACACCUGCCAACAAUGUGGAAAGCAUUUCAGUCAUAGAGAAAGUCUUAAAAGACAUGUUAGAAUUCACACUGGAGAAAAGCCUUACACCUGCAAACAGUGUGGAAGGAGUUUCACUCAACCUGGACACCUUGGAGCCCACAUGAGUGUUCACACUGGAGAAAAGCCUUACAAAUGCCAACAGUGUGGAAGAAGUUUCAACCGGAAAGGAAACCUUAAUUGCCAUCUGACAAUUCACAAUGGAGAGAGUGGAAUAAGUGGAAUAAGUUUUACUCAAAAAGGAAGCCUUUACACACACAUGAGAAUUCACAAUGGAGAGCAGCCUUACACGUGUGAUCAGUGUGGAAAGAGCUUUGAUCAACAUAAAAACUUUGAAGUCCAUAUGAGAACUCAUAGAGAGAAUCCCUACACAUGCCCUCAGUGUGGAAACAGUUUCCAUCAAAAACAGCACUUACAAGACCAUAUGAGAAUUCACUCUGGAAAGCAACCCUACACAUGCCCUCAGUGCGGAAAGUGGUUUAAUCAUAAAAGACGCUUUGAAGAACACAUAAGAAUUCACACUGGAGAGAAGCCUUUCACCUGCCAACGGUGUGGAAGAAGUUUCAACCAAAAAGGAAACCUUGACAGGCACAUGAAAGUUCACACUGGAGAGAAACCAUUUAUAUGUGGCCAGAUAUAAAGCAGCCCUUAAGUACCACUUUUGUUUUCACAUUUGAGUCAUCAGUGUUACACGAGUUGUGUAAUAACACCAUGGAGAAACCUUUACUGUGAAAAGACUUGCACAAUGUUGUGGCAAAUAAAAAUUAUAUUAAAUUAUAUUAAAUAAAAAUGAUAUUUCCAAGGAAGGGCAUCCCUCCUCUCUUAUCACCUCAUCAGAAUGUUAUCUCUCAAUACCAAUGAUGGUAUCUUAGACUUAUCAUAUGUGACCCUGUACCACAAAACCAGUCUUAAGUCACUGGGGUUUAUUUGUAGCAA